UCCUAUUCCGAACCGUAUGAUUUUACCCUUAAACGUGCCGUGUAGGAGAGGCCAUUGUACACCCGACAUUAGUUACAGCGCUAUCAACCUUGUAAUUAAAAAGACAAUUUUCGACACAGCUUUCAGAACACAGCCAUUCAUGAUUGGAAUUUUCGAGUAUAAUUGGUCAAGUUAUUGGACACUCGAGUCUUUAUUGAUUGAUGCAUGGUCGGUCCGGCAAGAAAAGAAUUGUCAAAAACAAUCAAAGUUUUAAACCAUAAAUGUGUUCUUGUAGUUUGUUUAGAUUUUGGAUUUCCGAAAAAUAUUGAAUGAGACAAACGUGAAAUGGCAACAGAAAAAGAUUUGAUAAAUGCUGUACAAGAAUCUCUAAAGGCCGAUGGAAAUCUUGAUCGAAUAAAAGCAGAAAUGCGUACAGAAGUAAUAAAAUUGCUCGAUUAUUCUAGCAAGGAGAACAAAUCAAAUACUAUUAAACCUUCACAUGAUAUUGUUUUCCUCAAUGAACUUGUCCGAGAAUAUCUGGAUUGGAUGGGUUAUAAAUAUAGCUCCACUGUAUUUAUCGCAGAAUGUGAUCUUCCCAAACAUUGCUUGGAUCGUAAACUUCUGGCACAAGGUUUAGGAAUAAAAGAUAGCGGAAAGAGCAAAAAUUUACCGCUGUUGUGUGGUCUUGUACAAACAUUCAUCAAUUUAAAAAAUACCUAAUUAUAAGAUCUACACGAGCAUGUAUUCAACUGCGAUUUUUAAUUACUAUUUAUUCAUUUUCUAUAUAUUUAUAUAUGUUACAAAUCUCACACUUAUAUAUGUACAAACAAAAACAUGCACAAGCUUAGAUAUAUACAGAUUAUAUUUAUUAUAAUAAAUAAUAAAAACCAAACAGUACUUAAAUCCAAUCUGUAACACAUGGCAAUUCUUUGUUAGUAAUAACAAAGCUGUAUUACAUAAUGUAACAUUAGCACGAUGAACGCGAAGUCGACAUCUUUUUUUUUUAUUUCUAUAUGUUCAUGCGAGGCACAAGAAUAUGUUAAAAGAAUUUUAUCAUUUUAUUUUUCGUGAUUUUUUCUUACAUAUUGACAUUAAAUUAUGAAAGUACAAUAUAAUGGUGAAAGAGGGAGGGAAAGAAAUAUAUAUGUAUAU